AUGGUCCAGGGGGCUUCAAGAGUGAUUGCCCUCCUGAGCCUGAUCUGCACAGGGUUCCUUCGAGAGCACGCCCUGGAUUCUGUCAUGGAUGGGUUUGCUCACCUGGAGCACUUCCCCCGCGCAGGGAGUCAUUGGACCGGAAAUUCGGAAACGAGACGAUGCCUCUCGCAGCAGAUAUUGAGACAUUGUCUCAAUGACUGCAGCUGCAGAGUGGGCGACAUGUCCUCAUGAACGCUUCCUU